GCGAUUUCAUCAUGGAGGCCGAAGUCUUCGAUCGAUCGGCUGAGCUUUCUAGAGUUACGGCAUCCAAAUACGACCCCAAAAAUCGCUGGUAAGUGCUGACGAAAAGUUAAUGUGGAAUCAAGCCGAAUGCUUUUGCAAAGAAAGAAAUGUUUCGUCUAUUCCCCGAUGACUGCAAUACCUUCUGUCCCGCCAGCGAGUCUUCAGCGCGCCAACAAAGGCUGUUCGUUCAACACCAGGUUGUCGUUGCUUGGAGGUCAACUAACAUGUCUGACAGAGAUCGCUCGGUUGCUAACCCACGGAGAACCGAAAUUGAACGGGUACGCGCAGAACACAUUGAAAUUAAAGAUGUUGGUACCGCCGUUAAAAUCAGAGAUGAAAUCCACGCCCAUACAAAUCAUUACAUCAAGAAGAGCAAACCUUAUUUCCCGAAUGAUAAGUUGCUUACCUACAUCGAUUGUCCGUACUUUUUAAGAGUCGCGCGAUGUUUGUGCUUUGCCAGCCUCUUUGGAGCCCUUGUUGCAGCCGGUGCAUCGAAGUUUAUUCCUGUGUUUUUUCUUGUUGCCUGCCUGCUGUUCUUCUUGUUUUACUGCCAACACGAGUGGGUGAAUCAGAAGACCUUGCCUGUUGUUCACAAACAGCCCUUCAUCCCUGAUCAGAAACUACUCAACACAUUUUACGAGGUGACUAUCACUGAACUUGAUGGGAUUGCUCUCCAGAAUUACCAAGCUGGUAUUGGUUUUGUUGAACUUUCUCAGGGAAAGAUUAAAUUUCAGGCAUUCAACAAUACCGCGAAGAAAGACAUGUCCGACGCCAAAUGUCAGUCUCGAUUGAUGCUUCUCCUUUUCUUGGCGGCUUUUGUCUACAACUGCUACUUUGUGGCAGCCUAUUGACUAACCGGGUCAACGUUAGACGGAUAAUAUCUUGAUAAUACUCAGAUGGUAGUAAAAGUGUAGUUAUCAUGGAGCUCAGUCGCGAUUCCUGAUUUGUAGUAAUCUGGAAACCGGCACAACCUGAGAAAACGCUCCUGAGUUUUCAGAACUGAAUUUGUCAGCAAAAUCCGAAAACAAUUACAUAUAUUCAACUCUUGUUUAUGAGAAUUGAGUGGAUUAAUUGGUUAAAUUUGAAUUCUUGAAAUCAUCCAACACGAACAUGGCGUGACAACACACCCAAGUGCUGACCUCUUAAACUAACAUCAAAUUGUGAUAGGCAAUAAUAAGCAUGGCUGGUUUGCAUGGAUAUAUAUCUAG